UUCUGACCGCGAACACAAAUUUACACCAUCAAUUUCAGCAUCACUAUCGCCAAUCAUGGCCAGAGCACGCACGAAGAAGCGCACACAUGUUCGCCCUGAAAAUACCCCAGCCAACAGUGGCACCAGCUCGCAGAGCAAGGCUCCCAAGUCCAUGGUGAUCCGAGUCGGUGCUUCGCAGGUCGGCUCGAGUGUCAGCCAGCUGGUAAAAGAUUUCCGAUUGAUGAUGGAACCCGACACCGCUGUGCGAUUGAAGGAACGGAAAGGCAACCGACUGAGAGAUUAUACGUCGAUGACCGGCCCUCUGGGCGUUACUCACUUGUUUCUGUUUUCCCGCUCCGAGACGGGCAACACCAACCUGCGCAUGGCGCUGACGCCGCGCGGGCCGACGCUGAACUUCAAAGUCGAGGAGUACUCGCUAUGCCGGGAUGUUGAGAGGUCGCUGAAGCGGCCGCGCGGUGGCGGUCAAGACCACAAGACGCCGCCGCUGCUGGUGAUGAACAACUUCAACACUCCCGACGCGGACGAGAAUUCCAAUAUCCCGAAACGUCUCGAGGGCCUCACGACCACUCUCUUCCAGUCGCUCUUCCCGCCUAUCAACCCGCAAGCGACUCCGCUGACCUCCAUCCGUCGCGUGAUGCUCUUGAACCGGGAGCGCGACCCCGAGGAUGACGGGUCUUAUGUGCUCAACCUGCGACACUACGCUAUCAGCACGAAGAAGACGGGCGUGUCGAAGCGGAUCCGCCGUCUGGACCCUAAGGAGGUGCGCAACAAGGAGCAUAAGUCGGCUGUGCCGAAUCUGGGUAAAUUGGAGGAUGCCGCCGACUAUCUGCUUGAUCCUUCGGCUGCCGGGUACACCUCUGCCAGUGAGACGGAGAUGGACACAGACAAUGAGGUCGAGAUCACGGAGAAUGCGACUAAGAAGGUGCUCUCGAAGCGGGAGCAGCAGCGCAUGAAGGCGAGUGAGCAGGAGAAGGCCCAGAAGAAACUGAACAGUGCUCCGGGAGUGGAGAAGCGGGCGGUCAAGCUGGUGGAGUUGGGACCGCGCUUGAAGCUGCGCCUGCUCAAGGUUGAAGAGGGCGUGUGCGAUGGCAGGGUCAUGUGGCAUGACUACAUGCGGAAAUCGGAAACCGAGGUCAAGAAUCUGGACAAGAAUUGGGAGAAGAAAAAUAAGGAGAAGGAGGAGCGCAAGAAGCUCCAGAGGGCCAACGUUGAGAAGAAGCGACAGGAGAAGGCGAAGGCCAAGUCCAAUGGGAAGGGAGGCGCUGAGGACGGUGAUGCCGAUAUGGACGAGGAGGAUGAAUGGUUCAGCGAUGAUUUCGACGAGGAUGAGGGUGCCAAGAAGGAGGAGGAGGUCAACACCGACGACGACGAAUCCAUGGAGGAGUAAAGAGCCGGGCUGUUAUCGCUACGAAGACAACCGAGUGCUCGUACUGCAUGGUGUGAGGAAUCUUAUGACUACAUGCGCUUCCAAUCCUGCGACGCCGAUUCUGUUUAUGUACAAGGGAUGGCGCUAUGGAUGACUACACGGCGGGGAGCCAGAACAGCCUUGAUCAAAACAUCAUGGCCAACUCCCGGAACGCGGAACAUUGGCUAAUGGCGCAGGCCAUAGCUACAGCGUCCGUGGAAGACAAACCGUGCCAAUGGCGGAGGACAAUUGUGGAAGGUAUCUAGAUCAGGAGCAGACAUAAUAUACCCAAAAUUCACGCU